UUCCAGAUGAUGAUAUUAUUCCUCCUGCACCGUCGCCCCCUCCACCACCCCCUCCGAAGAAAAAAUAUAAAUUGAGCCACAGGAAGUCAUCUGAUGGGAACGAUCGUGACGUGAUUGUUUUGAAAAGUAUCACGAACCGCAAUGCGGAAAACACUCUUGAAUUAGAGUGUUUUGUUGAGCAACUGGAGGAAGUGCAAAAAAAUCGGAUUCAGAAGAUGAAAGACGAAGAGAAGGAGUUGCAAGCAAAACUGGAUUCGUUGGUGAGUCAAGCCAACGCGAAAGUAAUACACAAGGGAGAUCUGGCUUCCAUCAUCGAAGUGACGGAGCAAGUACAAAGUGCAAUCGCAGGUGCUAAAGCUCCCCCAACGAACUUGGUGCUAAACAACAUCAGCAGCGGUCAACAGAAUUAUCAAUUGGUUAUGGAUCCGAGACUGGGCCUGAUAGUGGGGGCCCUGAAUCCUCCGUCUCCUGCCCAACCUGCUUCGCAACCUAAGGUUUAUCAAGGCAAAGUGCAGGUCGCCCAGAACCUACAACAAACUCCCACCACAUCCAGUCAGAAUUUGAGCGGAAGAGGCGUGAGGACUCGAAGAGGAGCUGCAGCUAAGCUUACGCCUCCUCCGUCUCCCGUUCCCAUGCAGGCACCGCAAACUAGAUCGCUUGCUACCAACCAGCAGACGAGGACGAACGCUAAUCAAACGAGAUCCGUAGCGGUUUCUAAUCAGCAAGCGACACCCAACGCGUUUUCUAACGUUCGUCCUUCGGAAAGCAACGUUCAAGGGGGCCUGAGUGCCGGGGGUGCUGCGGCAGGUAAAAAGAUAAUCGUGGAUCUUACAUCGGAAGAGAACAAAGGGGGAGGAAUGCUGCCCGAUAGUAAAGAAAUAUCUUUCAAUAAGCUCCAAGGUAAGACGUACCCAUCUCUUGUUGUGGUCGCUAGACCGCACCUCAGGGUGCAAGACCUCUCCGUGGAUAGACCCAAGCUGGAUGCGAAGGUCAAGUCGGUGCUAAUGCACGCUCCCACUAAGUUCACGGAAUGGUUGAUUCAACAAGGGUUAGUGAGAGCUGAACAAAAAUGUACGGUGCAUACCGCGACGCCCCUUAAACUGGGCAUGUACAGCGACGUUUCCAAAUUUCCCUAUUCUGGAGGAUAUGUAUGGAUAUCCGAGUGCUGUCCCCAAAGGUUCGUUUCUGUGUUUAGCGGAUCCCUCUUCGAAGGUUCUCCACACCCGCCUAUGGUGAUUCUGAAGUUGCUUUACCAUUGGGCGUGUCAAACCAAUAUCCAGAACGUAACUCAGUGGGUGAAGGUGGACAACCUGUACGUGAAGGGAAUGUUCACGUGGUUGCGUUCAAUAUGCACGGUUGCCAUCCAGACGCACAUCCGGCAGCUGGGCGGCCCCGGCGUCAAGGUAGAAGUGGGCGUCAUCUCCUUGGGCACGACCUCGCAGGACGGCAACCAGCGCCAGGUCAAGGUAGAGGUUUUGGGCGUGCUGGAGACCACGUCGAAACUCAUCCGUCUGCGCGCCGUCGAGCCCCAAGCCGAAGGCGACAGGAACUACAAGAAGCGCUUCUCGAAGAUUCUCGAGCCGAUUUUCCAGUGGGUCCAUCCGCAGAGUAUGCUCGUGGCCGAUUUGACGGUCGACAAGCAGACGCUGAUUGGCAUGGGGUUCACGAACGUCGUGCAGUCCUCCGCCAAUGAGUUCGGCAGCAACAAGCAGAUAAUGGAGUACUUGAGGAGGAUAGUGCCGAGGAUGUUCCAGAAUACGUUGUCGUUGCUGUCCAGGCAGAUCAUCCAGCAGUUUUUGGACGAGCUGGUGUGGCGUGAAUGGUUCGGCACUUCUUCUCUGCAAGCUUUCGACAAUUUAGUCAUCCACAUGUCCGAACAAACUCGGCACGACAGCAAUCAAUCGCUCAUAGUCCGUCUGAACAAAGUAGCUCAAAACCCGUUUAAAAACUGGAGCAUACCACUGACCAAUUCCACCAAAGUGGUCGAGAACGUCUCGAAUGCCAACAAGAAACAGAGGACGAGGAAACCUGACCCACCAAAAGUGACGCAAAACGUAGUGACGGACAUCAACCGUCCCCCCAAAAGCAUCUCGCCAGACGUUCCGGAGCAGAUGGUUCCUCUGGAGAACUACUACUACGGCACGAUAGAUACGUAUUCGAAAACGCCUUCGAUAGUCCUGAACAUGAAGUGUCCCUUCUGCAAAGCGACGUUCGACAACAAUAUCCAACUGAUGAAUCAUUUGUUCAAGCACGCGCACAAUGUGUCGCAGGACGCGCAGCUCUGCAGGUACUGCCUGACAAGUGUUACGACAGCCAACGAUCUUCUCAAACAUAUAUCGACUUCCCAUCCAGCAGAAACAAAAUUCGACAACGGUUUCGUUUGCCUGAUUUGCGAAACGCAGUACAUGAACCCGUUCGUGCUCGGUAAGCACAUGUCCAAAGAGCACUGUCCCUCCGAACUGCCGUAUCAAUGCGGAACGUGCGGAUAUAAAUGCUCCAACCACAAACAGGCCAUCGAUCACUUCUACAGGACCCACGAUAACGGACCGACCAUCCAGUGUCCAUUCUGCCUCAAAUCGACCACCGUCUUCUCGUCCAGCAGGAAUAUCGUGCAGAAUAUGAACUAUUUCAUCCAGCAUUUACAGAAACAUCAAAGGAAACAGUUUGCGAGACGUUGCGGCAAAUGCAACCUAUGGUUCGUGCAGAAGGACGUCCUCAAGGAUCACCAGAAUCGGAUGCACGUCUCGCAGAGAGGCAAGACAGGCCUGAUUCCUUGGAAUGCGCCGCGGAACGGAGUCAUGGUACCAAAAUCGCGGAUGGACAAGUACCCAGGAGAUGGAGAGGUUAUCAACUUUGGGACUCUGCACUUCAAUUUAUCCAAGAAUUUGAUGUGCAAGGAGUGCAAUACUUCCAUGGAUACAGCCAAACAUUUUCCNUGCAGCAAGAGUCACAACCCUGUCGCCGAAGAAAAAUUACCCUUCGAGAUGUUCUGUAUUUGUGGCUACAGCGAUACAGAUGGAAAUCAACUGGCGAGGCAUUUGGCGAUCUGCGAACGAAAGUCGGCGUAUCCAUCUAGGAACGAAGCCAAAUCGGCCACUGUCACUCACAGCAUGUUGGACGUGCUGGGUUUGAUGAGGAAGCCAGAAGAAGCAGCUAAGGUGGUGAGCAACACCAAAAGAAAAUCGGAAGCGAUGAAUGAGGAAGAGCCCCCUGAAAGUUUGAGCAGCGUCAAGAAAAGGAAAGUAGAAAACUUGGAGAGCAAACCAAUUGAGGAAGAAGAAGUCACUGAAGCUCCCAAAAUGAAGAGAAUAAAGAUUGGUGAUAAGGUGGCAAAGAAGGAUGUCGAGAAGGAAAAAACCACAGAAGAUGAUGAGAAACAUGUCAUUGUCGAUGAGGAGGAACCAACAAACAAAGCGGGGACUAGCCCUGAAACUGUUGAUGACAGAGCAUCAACUACUGAAGGGCCCAAAGCAGUAGAAGAAAUUAUUUCAGAAGAAUCAAAAACUGUUGAUGAAAAAGAGACUGAAAGUUUUGAGGAAGCACCUGAAAUUGUUGAAGAAAAGCUUGAAGCUGUCGAAGAAGUGUCUGAAGCUGUUGAAGUAACGUCUGAUGGUGUUGAAGAAGCUCCUGAAGCUGUUGAUGGAGCAUCUGAAGAUGGUAGGACCCCAUCCGAGGUUGUUGAGGCAGAACCUAAAGCUGUUGAGAAAGAAUCUGAAACUAUGAAGGAAUUAUGUGAAUCUGUUGAAGAAACGACUGAAACUCCUGAGAAAGCUCCUGAAGCUGUGGUAGAGGAAGAGUCUAGAACUAUCGAGGAAGUGUCUGAAACUGUUCAAGAAGUCCCUGAAACUGUUGAGAGAGUUCCUGAAACUGUUGAGGAAGUUCCUGAAACCAUUGAGGAAGUGCCUGAAACUGUUGAGGAAGUGCCCAAAACUGUUGAAGAAGAGAAACCAGUGGUUCUAGAAAACAUAAAAGUUGCUGAAGAAGAGACACUUGAAACUACCGAAGACAGAGUGGAAGCUGUGGAGGAAGAAGAUAUAGUUACUGUUGAGGAAGACAUUAAAAUGGAGGAAUCUGAAGUAGAGGAAGCGGCAAAAACUGCCGAAGAAGAGGCAUCUGUACCAGUUGAUGCAGCCAAAGCAGUUGAAAAUGAACUCGAGGGUGUGAUGAAAUCUGAAAAUGAGAAAGAAACACAAAUUGAAAAAGCGGAACCUGAAGAUAAGGAUGAUGAAGGGCCUGUUAUGGAAAGUUUUCCAGAGGAACAAUCAGAAGACUCGAAAGAAAAUGAUGAGGUUAUGAAGGUGGUGGAAGACGAAAGAACUGAUAUUUCUCGAAGAAGCCCGGAAUUGGCCGAGGUGCAGAAUCACGUAUCGUCUUCCGAACCAGAACUCACUACAGACGAUAUCCAGAACCUUCUUUCAGAUGUUGUCGGUGAGAAAUUGAAUGCCGAAGGGUGCGAAAAACCAACAGUCGCAGAGUCUGUAAUUGUCGGCGGACUGAGCAACGGGGAGAGUCUUCAGGCGGAAGAGUCUAUGGAAGUUGUUGAGAGCGAGGAAGUUUCCCCCAUGGAAACGGACUAAGUCGGUGAUGCGAUCGAUUGUGUUUUGUAUGUAAGUAAAAAGAGUGUUUGUAUCAAACAUAGCGCGCGUAUGGGGCGGUUUCAACGACCGCCGUUCGAUAUUGUAAAUAGUAAAUAUUUAAGAGUUUUGUAAAAAGUUUGUGUUUAUUGAAUCCUAACCCCAUAUCCGCAAGACUACACGGCGCGUGCGGAAAGAGUAAUAUGCGCGUCUUUUUUGUUUAUAUUUUUAUAUAGAUAAAUAUUUCUUUUUA